AUGGCUGGAAAGCGGGAGGAACACAAAAAGGUUAAGUCAGAGCCCCCCCGACAGCAGCAACCCGCCGCCUCCCGGCGAAGGUUGGACAGACCUGACCCAAGGCCUCCUCUCCCCUCCUUGAAUUCGUCCCGGACUGAAAUAUUCCUACACGAGAAGGGGAAGGGGCUGCUCAAAGACCCUCGCCCGAUGAGGAACCCGCGGGAGCUCGCAGACCGAUCAAGAUAUUGCCGAUUUCAUCGGCAGCACGGGCACGACACUAAGCAAUGCUACGAGCUGAAGAGGCAAAUCGAGGAGCUCAUCCUCAGAGGACACCUGGGCCAGUACCUCCGGCCAAACAAAGAGCAGUCUCCUCGCCCAGAGGGCCCCGUCGAGCGGCGCAUCGAUGUGAUAGCCGGGGGCCCCGCAUCGGGAGGAGGCUCUACGUCAGGCAGGAAGGCGUAUGCCCGAGCCGCCCCCGACGAAGCCUCGGGGCACGAGCUGGAGCCCGAGAUUACCUUUCCAACCGGAGCUGCCGAGCAACCCGACCACGACGACGCCUUGGUAAUAUCUGCCAGGGUAGCCAACGCUCAGAUGAGGAGGAUCAUGGUCGACACGGGGAGCUCGGCCGACAUACUCUACUUCGACGCCUCUCAGAAGCUAGGCUUGGCCAGGAAAAACCUGAGCCCAAUGCGCUUAGCGCUCACCGGUUUCACGGGAGAUUCAAUAUCACCCCUAGGGGCCAUCACUUUGCCCUUGACUCUGGGAACCCCGCCGAGGUCGAAGACGGUGAUGACCACUUUCCUGGUGGUCAACCUCCCUACCGCUUACAAUGCCAUACUCGGUCGGCCGACCCUCAACAAAGUCAGAGCGGUCGUCUCGACCUACUACCAGACCAUUAAAUUCCCAACUCACGCGGGAGUCGGGGAAGCCCCCGAGAAUCCAGGUGGUGCUACCUCACCGCCGUAUCAUUGGGCAAGAAAGCCAGAACCAAGUCACCCCCGGCAGAUACACGGGAAACAAAAAGACCGACUCCUCAUCCCCAGCCGAGGGGGUCCACCGUCGACAUUCCCUUGGUAG